GAAGGUGAGAGAGAGAGAGAGACCAACACACACAUACCAACGACAGUUUUCAAAGGAUUUACACUUGAGCUGACCUAUGCCAUGAUAUGAAGACGUUUGAACAGGAAUCUGAUUUUAUGUUACGCUUUUGUGAUGAUUUAAAGCUCGAGUGACCAGAAAAGAGAGUUGAAGAUGGAUUUUUUAGCUUCCUCUUGGAGAAGGUGAGAAAAAAACCCUUAAAAAAAACACAAAAAAAAACAACCAAUCUCCACGACAACCACAAUGGCGAUGUCACAAUACCCCCAGCUCCAGCAGCAGCACAGGUUAACGUGGGGGAAGAGCUACUGCGGCUGUCAUGCCCUGUGGUUCCGACUCCUGUGUCUGGUGGGGGCGUGGUCAGGGCAAGCGUCAUUGGUGAGGCAGGGGACCCAGCGGCACUCCAUCAAAAUUGAGGGGGAUAUCACUCUGGGGGGGCUGUUCCCCGUGCACGCCAGGGGUGCAGCCGGGGCGCCCUGCGGGGAGGUGAAGAAGGAAAAGGGGAUCCAUCGCCUGGAAGCCAUGCUGUACGCUCUGGACCAGAUCAACAGCGACCCCGAGCUGCUGCCCAACAUCACGCUGGGGGCGCGAAUCCUGGACACCUGCUCCCGGGACACCUACGCCCUGGAGCAGUCCCUCACCUUCGUCCAGGCUCUCAUCCAGAAAGACACGUCCGACGUGCGCUGCUCCAAUGGGGAGCACCCCUUCAUCAGCAAGCCCGAGAGGGUGGUGGGGGUCAUCGGGGCGUCGGCCAGCUCCGUGUCUAUCAUGGUGGCCAACGUGCUGCGGCUCUUUGCGAUCCCGCAGAUCAGCUACGCCUCGACCGCGCCAGAGCUCAGCGAUGAUAACCGCUACGACUUCUUCUCGCGGGUGGUGCCCCCGGACUCCUACCAGGCGCAGGCGAUGGUGGACAUCGUCAAGGCGAUGGGCUGGAACUACGUGUCCACGCUGGCGUCGGAAGGGAACUAUGGCGAGAGCGGAGUGGAGGCCUUUCUGCAGAUCUCCAGGGAGGCAGGUGGGCUCUGCAUCGCCCAGUCCAUUAAGAUCCCUCGGGAACCCAAGCUGGGCGAGUUUGACAAGAUUAUCAAGAGGCUGAUGGAGACGUCUAACGCUCGAGGGAUCAUCCUCUUUGCAAACGAGGAUGACAUCAAACGCGUCCUGGAAGCGGCAAAGAAGGCCAAUCUCACGGGUCACUUCCUCUUCGUGGGGUCAGACAGCUGGGGCGCGAAGAUCUCUCCGAUCCUUGACCAGGAGGAUGUAGCCGAAGGAGCAGUCACUAUACUGCCCAAGAGAGCCUCCAUCGAAGGGUUCGAUCAGUACUUCACCUCGCGCUCCCUGGAGAAUAAUCGCAGGAACAUCUGGUUCGCCGAGUUCUGGGAGGACGACUUCAAGUGCAAACUGACGAGACCCGGGAUCAAACUGGAGGAAGGCAGGAAGAAGUGCACGGGGAAGGAGCGGAUCAGCCGAGAUUCUCUGUAUGAGCAGGAGGGGAAGGUACAGUUUGUGAUCGACGCGGUGUACGCCAUGGCCCACGCCCUGCACAGAAUGCACCUGGACCUCUGUCCCGGAGCCACGGGCGUCUGCGACAAGAUGGACCCAGUGGAGGGGCAGCUGCUGCUCAGCUACAUCCGUGCUGUCACCUUCAACGGCAGUGCUGGGACUGCUGUAAUGUUCAAUGAGAACGGAGACGCUCCAGGGCGGUAUGAUAUCUUCCAGUACCAGCUCUCCAACACCUCCACGCCUGGCUACAGAGUCAUCGGACAAUGGACUAACAACCUUCUGCUGAACGUGGAGGACAUGCGGUGGUCAGGCGGCGAGCGGGCGGUCCCUGACUCCGUCUGCAGUUUCGCCUGCAAGCCGGGGGAGCGCAAGAAGAUGGUGAAAGGGGUGGCGUGCUGCUGGCACUGUGAGUUGUGCGAUGGCUACCGCUACCAGGUGGAUGAGUUCACCUGUGAGGCGUGCCCCUUUGACACGCGCCCGGACGAGAACCACACCGCCUGCCGCCCCACGCCCAUCGUCAAGCUGGAGUGGCACUCACCCUGGGCCCUGCUGCCCGUGUUCCUGGCCAUCCUGGGCAUCCUGGCCACCUCGUCGGUCAUCGGCGUCUUCCUGAGGUUCAACGACACGCCCAUCGUGCGGGCGUCUGGCCGCGAGCUCAGCUAUGUGCUGCUCGCCGGGAUCUUCCUGAUCUACGGCAUCACUUUCCUGAUGAUCGCCGAGCCGGGAGCCGUGGUGUGCGCUUUCCGCAGGCUCUUCCUGGGUCUGGGGAUGUGCAUCAGCUACGCGGCGCUGCUCACCAAAACCAAUCGCAUCUACCGGAUCUUCGAGCAGGGCAAGAGAGCCGUCACCCCGCCCAGGUUUAUCAGCCCCACCUCCCAGCUGGGCAUCACGUUCAGCCUUGUCUCCUUCCAGGUUCUGGGGGUCUUCAUCUGGUUUGGGGUGACUCCCCCUCAUACCACCGUCGACUACGAGGAGCAGCGGCCCCCGAACCCAGAGCUGGCCCGCGGGAUCUUGAAGUGCGACAUGUCCGACCUGUCCCUGAUCUGCUGCCUGAGCUACAGCCUGGUGCUGAUGGUGACUUGCACCGUCUACGCUGUGAAGAGUCGCGGGGUGCCGGAGACCUUCAACGAGGCCAAGUCCAUCGGCUUCACCAUGUACACCACCUGCAUCAUCUGGCUGGCUUUCGUGCCCAUCUUCUUUGGGACCGCGCAGUCCACCGAGAAGAUGUACAUCCAGACCACCACGCUGACCGUCUCCAUGAGCCUCAGCGCCUCCGUGUCCCUGGGGCUGCUGUAUGUCCCGAAGGUCUACGUGAUCCUCUUCCACCCAGAGCGGAACGUGCCGAAACGCAAGCGCAGCUUCAAGGCCGUGGCCCAGGUGGCCACCAUGUCCACGAGACUCGCGCAGAACGGGGAGCCCAAGCCCGAGGAGAGCCAGGAGAGCAAGUAGCAGCACAAGAGCACUCCCAAGAUGGCUUACAUCAACUACAGCAGAUGUCUAGCGACAGCGGUGAGAUAGAUGGAGAAGCGUACAGACACCCCAGAAGCAGAACGCUGCAUUCCAACGGCACAGACAUGGCACAGCGCAACUCUGUGUGAAGUGUAUUCUGAAGCACAGACCUGUGGGAGAAUGUCAAAUUGUGCUGAUUCAAUUAAAAGAAGAUAGACUGAGACGGUACCACACCAAACAAAGAGAAAAAAAAUGACCAAAAAAAAAAAAAAAUCAUUUAAUAAAAUUAAGAAUAAAAGUGUCCGUGUCCGUCCGUCCGCCCCCAUUAAAAAAAAACAAAAAAACACAGUUGAGAACGGAUUUGAUAUUAGAUUGUUGGAUCUUGAGUCUAGUGCUUGUAAGUCUGGUUAGCUAGUUCUGUGCCAGCCUCCUUCACACUAGCAUGGGAAUACUGGGGUGUGGCUGUGAGGUGCUUCUGGUUAUAUUGUCAUAGACCCCCUAACUCCUCUCGCGUUGCUAUGAGGUCUGUAAACAUUCACAGUGAAGCAUGUUGCAUUUACUUAAAAGCUAAGAGUAGUUUAAUGCGUAUAUAUAUAU